AUUUUAAACAUAAACAAUUUUAUCUAUAAAAAUAUUUUUUCAUGAUUUAUGGUCUAUAGUGUAGACUCUACUUAGGUGGUUAGUUCAGUACUUAGCACUUACUAUUUUUUUGAUUUAAAUAUUUGUUUAUAUUAACUGUGGGUAUGAAUUUUAAAAAUGAAUAAGAUAUUAAACUACAGUUAUUUGUAAUCGUAGGAUAUUGUAGUUAUCCAAUUACCUAUAAUACAUUGCUGUGUUUUUCAUCAUGAAAGUUUAACUUGUAAUUAAUAAGAUCAGUAUGGAAUCCAUUUCAACAUCAGUUCCACCAGAUAUUCCAAACUCCGAUGACAGUAACUAUAAAUAUAUAGAUGGUGUAUGUUUUUAUACAGAUCCAAGUACUAAGAAAGAGUAUACUUGGAAUAAGGAAAAAGGCACUUGGGCUGAAAAAGGCUUUGAAAACUAUGAAUAUGAUGAAAUUUGUAAAACAUACAAAUAUACCGAUAAACAAACAAAUAUUUCAUACUUGUGGGAUCUAAAGUCUAAUAAAUGGGAAGUACAAAAAAAGGAAUCCAUAAGUUUGGUAGAAGACAAAGAUUUUGAUGAUAAUAAUGAUGGAGAAGAAUUUGAUGAUGAUGAUGAAAAAGGAAGAACUCAGCGUACAGUAAAGCGGCAAGAUAUGAGUAAAGGAAAGUAUGGACAUGAUGGUAUUACUCAAACAUAUACUGAUCCAGCCGAUGGAACAGUUUAUAUUUGGGAUAGAGAGAAAAACGCAUGGUUUCCUAAGAUUGAUGAUGAUUUUAUGGCCCAUUACCAACUUAGCUAUGGAUUUAAUUCAACUGAUAGUACUACUGCAAGUGUAAAUAGUACAGACACAUUAAAAACAAAUACUAUUGGAGCUCAAAGUAAAGAAAAUCAAUCUGAAUCUACCUUGAAUGCUUCAGAUGUAGUGCUUGAACCUGAAAAAAGGAAACUCCCACAACCUUCUGAACCUAAUUGGUUUGAGAUCGAUGAAGAGCAUAACACAAAAGUAUAUGUCUCAAAUUUACCUCUAGAUAUUACGGAACAGGAAUUUAUUGAUUUAAUGCAAAAAUGUGGAUUAAUCAUGAAAGAUAUUGACAGUGGUCAAAUGAAAAUUAAGCUUUAUACUGAGAGAGGCACAGACAUUCUUAAAGGAGAUGCACUAUGCACAUAUAUAAAG